AUAUCGCGAUAACUACGUGAGCGCAUACGACAGUCAAACAGGAAUGUUUUCCUUUUUUCAGCCGUCCAUCAGAACUAAUUCCGUUAAACUCUGCAGAUAACACACGCAAACUGCGAUGCCGCUCGUUGUGCGAUAACGACAGAUACACAUUUUAGGUUUCUCGUGGUCGAAUGCAGUAUUUUUUGUUGUUUACCGCCGUCCAGCUCUUCUGUGUACGUGGAUGACAUGAAGGUAAAGGUGAUUUCUAUCCUGGAGGACAACUAUAUGUACUUGGUGAUAGAGGAGGAGAGCAAACGGGCGAUCGCAGUGGAUCCUGCUGUCCCACACCGGCUGCUGGAAAUAGUGAAGAGAGAAGAAUUGUCACUUACAGCUGUGCUCACAACACACCACCACUGGGAUCACGCCCGUGGGAACGAGGCUCUGCUGAAGGAGCUUCCGGACCUGCGGGUUUACGGGGGGGACGAUCGAAUCGGGGGUCUGACGGAUAAAGUCACACACGCUCAGGAACUGAAGUUUAACUCCAUCAAUGUGAGGUGUCUGUUUACUCCCUGCCAUACCUCUGGUCACAUGUGCUACUUUGUUUGGGAAGAUGAGUGCACUGACGCCCCUGCAGUGUUCACAGGGGAUACUCUCUUCAUUGGUGGUUGUGGGCAGUUUUUUGAGGGUACAGCAGAACAGAUGCACCACAACCUUACCCAGGUGCUGGGCUCCCUACCUCAAGACACGAAAGUGUUCUGCGGACAUGAGUACACCAUCAAGAACUUGAAGUUUGCCAUGCUGGUGGAACCAGAGAAUGAAAAGGUUAAAGAGAUGUUGAGUUGGGCCAGGGCACGAGAUGACGACGACAAACCCACAGUGCCUUCCACCCUGGUGGAGGAGUUCGAGUACAACCCUUUCCUUCGCCUCUCGGAGGAAGCGGUGCAAAAAUUCACUGGAAAGACGGAACCUGUAGAGGUUUUGAGGGCCCUGCGGAAGGAGAGGGACAAGUUUAAAAAACCCAAGGACAGACUUCCCCCUCAUGCCCUGUUGGCUCUGCAGUGGGGGCUCCUUCGACCUCGGGAUCCGGUUUCUUAGUUUUAACCUUCGGGUACAAUCUACCAUCAAGAGGAAUGCAGGAAGAGACGGAUGUGUAGUGUGGAAAACCCUAAGACUCAUAGUUGUGGGCUUUUUUCCUGCCCAGCACUCUGCAUCAACUCCAACUUUAAAAGUUUUAAA